GUAAAUAAAACAAAGGCGCCACGGGAGGUUAAUCUAUGAGUUAAACCUCGAGCCACAUUUACUGUAGCCUACAUUAGACAACAAUGUGUUCAGUUGAGUCUUUGAGAGAGUUUGUCAACGAGCGACUAACUGCUGCUGCUGAAGAAAUAUUGGGAGUUUUUAAAAGAAGCAUCGUCGAGUACGAGGAAGAGAUCGAUCGUCAGCGCAGACUGUUGGAUAUCGUUUUGAAGCCUGAAAUAAAGUUACACAGGACAGAGCUCCCACAGCAACAUGUGUGUAAGGAGGAGGAGGUUGUCCCUGAGCAGCAGCUCUGUAUUGAGGAGAGGAAGUCCAGUGUGGACCAAGAGGAGCCAGAGCCUCCACAGAUUAAAGAGGAAGAGGAGGAAGUGUGCAGCAGUCAGGAGGGAGAGCAGCUUGUAGUGAAGCAGGAGACUGAUGGCUUCAUGUUGACUCCUGCUGAUGAGGAAAGUGAGCAGAGUGAAGAUCAGACUCUGGACUUCAUUCAUGAUGACACUCAAAGUGCAGCAGAGAAAGAGUCUGUUGUCAUUAUACCAGUUAUAAGCUCUGUGAUACCAACCAGUGAGCACCAGCUGCUCUGUCACAACUCUCAUGUAGCUGAGAGCCAAGAUGAGGAAGAAUACCAGCAUGGAGACUCAGGAUCAACUAGAAACACAGAGCUUCAAGCAGAGAAAAGACAUCAUGAAAGUGAAAUGAACAGUAACAGUCCACACACCUCUGCUGUGAUAAACUUAAAUACAGGUAAAAAGCCUUUAAAAUGUGACAUAUGUGGGAAAGGUUUUGAGCGCAAGUCAAAAUUGCAGAGACACCUGAACAGCCACACAGGUGAGAAGCCGUACCUUUGCAAGACCUGCGGGAAAAGAUUCAGUGAGAAGUCAGGAUUGGAAAGGCAUUGUAGAAUCCACACAGGUGAGGAGCUGUUUUCUUGCACAAUAUGCAGGAAAAGAUUCAUUCAGAAGUCAGGACUGGAAAGGCACAUGACAAUCCACACAGGUGAGAAACCGUAUACUUGUAAAGUAUGUGGGAGAGCUUUCGGACGUAAUUGUUAUUUGUUAGCCCACAUGAGGACUCAUUCAGGGGAGAAGCCGUAUACUUGUAAAGUAUGUGGGAGAGCUUUCGGACGUAAUGGUGUCUUGUUGUUCCACAUGAGGACUCAUUCAGGUGAGAAACCGUAUACUUGUAAAGUAUGUGGGAGAGCUUUCGGACGUAAUGGUGACUUGUUAGUCCACAUGAGGACUCAUUCAGGGGAGAAGCCGUAUACUUGUAAAGUAUGUGGGAGACACUUCAGACAUAAUGGUUACUUGUUAGUCCACAUGAGGACUCAUUCAGGUGAGAAGCCGUAUACUUGUAAAGUAUGUGGGAGAGCUUUUGGACGUAAUGGUGACUUGUUAGUCCACAUGAGGAUUCAUUCAGGGGAGAAACCGUAUACUUGUAAAGUAUGUGGGAGAGCUUUCAGACGUAAUGGUGACUUGACAGUCCACAUGAGAAUCCACACAGGUGAGAGGCCGUAUACUUGCAAAACAUGUGGGAAAAGAUUCAGGAAUGUGUCCACAUUGACAAGGCACAUGAGAAUCCACACAGGCGAGAAGCCACAUACAUGCAAAACAUGUGGGAGAGGUUUUACAGGGAAACGUUGCCUGAUUAUCCACAUGAGAAACCACACAGGUGAGAAGCCGUAUACUUGUAAAGUUUGUGGGAGAGCUUUCAGACGUAGUGAUGUCUUGUUAGUCCACAUGAGGACUCAUUCAGGGGAGAAGCCGUAUACUUGCAAAACAUGUGGGAGACAUUUCAGAUCUAGCAGUAACUUGACAGGCCACAUGAGAACGCACACAGGUGUAAAGGUGCAUCACUUGAGCACAGAGGUUCCAGUUGAAGUCACACAUAUACAGGAGAGAGACUGUUUACAUGCAAAACAUGUGGCAGAGCUUUCAGAGGCCUGUUCCAUAAAGCAUGCUAAGAAAAGUGGGGAGUGAAGUCCAAAUCCUGAAUUUUAAUUGAAAUUGCAGGUCUGGAAAAGUUAAACUAGUGAGAUAAAGAACAAAAGGAGGAGACUGCUUUAAAGUCUGAAUGAAUUUUAUACUUGCAAGAGUCAUGGAAAACCUGGAAAAGUCAUGGAAUUAGUCAAAAUCAUUAUAAGUCACAGAACUUGUUUGUGUAUAAUGAAAUUAUUAGAAUCAUCUUCAGUGGAUAACCCUCCAUAUAAUGUAACAUAAUGGCAAAUUCAUUUUCUGAAGCUGGCGUCUUAAUGUAGCUUUAAUAUGCGUCGAUGUGUGACAAUGUUUGUUUACCAUCAGGUGUGUUUUGUCAUUUUCUCCCUCAGUUUGUCUCUCCCUUCCUGUGUGCCAAUUAUGUUUACAUAGAGUUUGAAUCUGAUGUUUGAAAAACGCCGGGCAAGUGGGGAAAGAAAAAGAAAAUUCUUCAUUAUGAGUCCUUGAAAAGUCAUGAAAAAGUUUGAAAAUAUUGUCCAUGAAAAUGUGAGCAGAACGUGUGAUUAAAAGUAUGACUGAUUUUGCAGUGAGCACAGUAAUAAACUGAUCCCAGAAGA